AUGUCCUCGUCUGUUGAGAACAACCAAAACGCCAACUUCAACCCUUCGUGGAUGAAAAGCCCGGCCAACAACGGCGGCGGCGGAGGAGGAGGGGCUCCUGUUGGCCAAGGGCAAGUAUGGCGUCUUCUAGGUGAUCCCACCGACGGCUCGGAUUAUCCGCUUGCCACCCCGGUGUUCGCCAAGCAUCGUUACGGACGGGAAGAAAUGCUGGCCUUAGUGGGGAAGGACAGUGAACCACCCGAGGGGCUGCAACAAUGCGCUGAGCUCUUUGUACCCCAGCAUCAGCCGCCCAUCACCAUUACGUCGUUGUCUGAAAGGGAAACUAGCAUGGUCCAGACCAACAUCAAUUCCUCGAAGGCGAUGAGUUCCCUGACUCCAGCCGAACGAGCCCAGGUAAACGGCACAAGCGGCAGUGGCUUCCAGCGUGGCACCCCCGCUCAAUCAAGCGGUGGCGGCUGGACGCCGGUCAAGUCGAGUUGGGGCACCCGAGGCGCCAGCACUGUAACGCGCGGCUCAACAACACCGGGACGUGGCGGAUUCGGUGCUGGAACUUACGGUGCCCGUGGCGGCGCCACACCAUCUGCUGGCGCUGUGAAUGAUGAUGUGCCUCGAAGCGCUCGCGGCACGCCUCCCUUGGGCCGCGGCGGAUCCACAGCUGCUGGUUCCUUCAACACUCGUGCCCAGAAUCUCUACGAUCCACGUGAUCCAAAGGACCGCCCUCGUCAGCGUCUCAGGAGCACCAGCGAUGAUGACGUUACAAAUCUGGGGACGCCCAGCUCAAACAAUGGCUGGCAAACCGUUCGUGGGCCGAAUCCUAUCGGUUCCAAUAAUGGCUGGAGUCGUCGGACGACAAGGGAAGAGGAGCUGCCCGAGUGGUUCGACCAUAAAGAAGAGGAGGACAGUGACAAUAUCCUUGACCGUGACUCUGGUCAUGAGCGGACCAAUUCAAACCCGGAGCGAAGCAAGGAAUUGCCUCAACGAGAAGCGCCACCGAGGGAGAUAGAGCAGCACGAGCGUCCGGCUUGGGCUCGCCAAGUCUCCGCUUCUGGGCUUAGUGCCGCUCAACAGGCGGCUGCUGAGGCCGCAGGUUCUUCGGCGAAUCCCGCCUACCAAGAUCUUUAUAAACGUUCCCAGCCGCAGCAAGCACCUUCCCCGCCGAAACCGGCGGUUUUCUACUACUUGGACCCGAGUCAAGUCGAGCGCGGACCCUUCGAGAAGCAGCAGAUGGACCAAUGGUUCAAAGUCGGCUACUUUGAGAGCAACCUGCUAUUGCGCAUGGGCACCGAGGGCGAAUUCAAAACAUUAGGGGAGCUCCAAAAAAUCAACGGGGCCGAGACACCGUUCGACUUCAAGGAGCCCACUCCUCCGCCUCCUCAGCCCGCUCCAGUUCCGCAUCAUCCUAGCCAAUACGCUGGAAUGAUGGGUUGGCCUUCAAGCGGCGUCGACUACUUGUAUGGACAGGGCGCUCAACAGACAUUUAAUCAUCCAGCCAUGUACAGGGAUAUGCACCCCGCGCAGCCAGUGUACCGCCCAGAUGCCGAAGAGAUGAUGGCUCGUCUCUUGAAACAACGCGAGGAAGAAGAGCAGCGCCGUUUGGAACUCCAGAACAAAGAGGAACAGCUACGCGCCUACCAGGAGCAAAUUGCCCUCCGCGAGGCCCAGAUGAAGGAGGAAGCCAUGGAGCUUGCAGCUCAACUUCUUCGUGAGCGCGAAGAACUGGCGGAAAAGGCUCGUCGGGUUGAAGAGCAGCGACUCGCUGAUGAACAGAAGCGACAAGAGGAGCAUGAGCGGCGUCGUGCCGAAGAAGAGGAAGCUCGUCGUGCCGUGGAGCUCAAGCGUGAGGAAGAGGAACGAAACAGGAAGCGUGUUGAAGAGGAUGACAGGCGACGGAGGGCAGAACUUGGUGCGGAAGCUGAACGGAAGCGCCUGGAAGCCGCCGCCCGUGAAGCUGCCGAAACGUUGAAGCAAAAGGAGUCCGAGAAACGCCGUCGGGAGGAAGCGGCUAAAAAGGAGCAAGAAAGGAAGAAGCAGGAUGACGAAACCGCUCGUCUUGCCGAGCUCAAGGCUGCUCAAGAAGAAAUGGAGCGCUUCAACGUCACGGAGGCCUGGGAAGUGGCUGGAAAGCCGAAGAAAGAGGAGAAGAAGGAGAAAGCUAAAUCUGCACCAUGGACGGGGGCCACCGCCCAGCGCGAAAAGACGAUGGCCGAGAUCAUGGAAGAAGAGGAGCGCGCCGCUGCCGCGGAACGCAAACGCGUCGAGGCUAUUCGCAAAGAAGAGAAUCGUCAGCAAACUAUCCUCUCCUCUGCCACUUGGUCUGGCGCUGCCUCGCGGAUUGCUGCUACACCCAAGCCGCGUUCUCCGAACACUCCUACUGUUUGGGCGGCCGUCCCAAGUGAGCCAGCUCGGGUCAAUCCUCUUCUCGACGGUCCUCCGCUUCCGUCCGCUAAACCAGCUGCCAAGAAAGCGCCGGCUCCUGCCAGGGCUGCACCUGCCGCGCAGGCAAAGAAUACUAAGCCUGCCGCUCCAACGCUGCAACAAUGGGCUAUCACUCGCAUGAAGCAGCUGAAUGCCAAGGUUGAAGCUGAUGUUCUCUACUCCUUCAUUGCUGACUUGAUGGACCCGGGCGAGGUCGAUGAUUAUGUCACUGGCUAUUUGGGCGACACCAAGCAAGUCAAGGAGUUUAUUAAAGACUUCAUGAAGAAGCGCAGCGACCUUCGUGGUGGCAAGAAGGUUGAGACGACGACCUCCACUCAGCAAAGUUCUUCUUCGGAGUGGGCCACCGCUGCUCAGUCGGGUAAAAACAAGAAGAAGGGCAAGGGCCGUACCAUGGUCGUUGACGGUUCCUGCCUCGGGUUCACGCCGGCCGGCGAUCCCAAUCGCACCAACAAGGGUGAAAUUGAGACCGUGCCGCUGGUUCCGAACGCUCGUCGU